AUGCCCUGGGAAGGAGCAGCAAAACCUUCUGUCAAGCUCGCCUUCCUCUCCUAUGCUACAAAUACUCCCCAGCUGAGGGUCUCCCGGUGCCCACCGGCAGUCAGCCCUCGGCUGCACACACCUGCGUGUGGAGUGACCCACGGGAGCAGCCUUUUCCACACCAGGAAGCAAGUGCCACCCAGUCCUGCUCGCCUCUCCUCACAGCCACCCGUCCCCACUGGUGUGACAGCACAUGGCAUGGCCAGUGGCCGGGGCCUGAGGGCAGGGACAUGGGCAUCCUCCCCGUUUCGGAGUGCAUCCUGGAACACAUCGUUUGGGGGGCCAGGCACCGGGAGCGGGCCCCUCUCCGGCCCCUGGUACAGCACACACAAGACUCAGCUCUUGGGAGUUUUACUUGCUGCUGCUUCAAAUUUUCUGAUUAGUGUCUCUUUGAAUAUACAGAAAUGCGCUCAUCUCCGACUGGCUUGUGAAACAGAGCUGAAGCCCUACUACACAAGCAAGCUAUGGUGGUGUGGGAUUACCCUCCUGGGGCUUGGAGAGGUGGGCAAUGUCACAGCCUACGGAUUUGCCCCUGUUGCCCUUGUUGCUCCACUGGGAUGUGUAUCUGUCAUAGGUAGUGCAUUUAUUUCUGUCUUAUUCCUAAAGAAGACCAUGAGGGCUUCUGAUAUAUUGGGAGGAACACUGACAGUAACUGGGACAUACUUGUUGGUGACAUUCGCUCCAAGUGUACCCCAAGAGCUCACAGCAAGACGAGUACAGAAUUACUUAGUGAGCUGGCCUUUUUUGGUAUAUUUGAUCUUAGAAAUUAUAAUAUUCUGCAUUCUCCUCUAUUUUUACAAAAGAAAGGCUGUGAAACACAUCGUGGUUCUGUUAAUGAUGGUAGCACUACUGGCAUCGCUGACUGUCAUUGCUGUAAAGGCUGUGGCCAGCAUGAUAACACUCUCUGUGAAGGGGAAAAUGCAGCUAACUUAUCCUGUUUUCUAUAUCAUGAUUGUUUUAAUGGCAACUUCUUGUGCUUUCCAAGUCAAGUUCUUGAAUCAAGCAAUGCAUCUGUAUGAAGUGACAGCAGUUGUGCCCAUUAAUUUUGUGUUCUUCACCACCAGUGCCAUCAUUUCAGGGGUCAUAUUUUAUCGGGAAUUCCAAAGUGCAGCUUUGCUGAGCGUGUUCAUGUUUCUGUUCGGGUGUCUCCUAUCUUUCCUUGGUGUAUUUGUAAUUGCAAGAAAUAAAAGAGAGGAGCAUUUACAAAUUCCUUUUAUUGACUGUGGACAUAUUCCUGGACAAAAAUUGACAGGCAAAAUACAACCAGAUUCUCACAGUUCGUGCUAUGGCACUUUGAAUAAUGAAGACGACUCGGUGAAAAGCCAAAGCUGAAAAAAGAAAGCACCUUACAUGCCAAUUAACAGGAGGAACACCAGUGGAACAAGGAUCAGCAGCACCUUUUUGUUGGACUUAUUUAAGUAUACGUGGAACUCCUGUAUGUUGAUGAGUCAUAGUAUUGUUUAAUCCUACUUAAUAUAUCCCAUGGUUGUCCCAAAUGUGUUCUGAAGAUAAAGGAAGCCUUAAGAAAAACUAAAUAACCAUUAAUGAAAUGGAACAUUCUCCUAGUAUCAAUGCCUCUUGGGGAUAUUUUUAGAAUCUUAAUUGCCUUGAAAUGCAAAUAGGCACAGAACAGGACUAUAAAAAUUACCCUUUGAAACCCCUCAGAUCUGUGUAAAUGCUUAAAGAUGAAGGUGGGAAAUGAGGAGAAUUUUCAUAACUGACUUCAAAGUAUUCUGCUAUAUGUACAAUACCUUUAAAAAUCUGAUCCUUCCUGUUCAGAAGUCAAAACUGUGUGCGUAUAUACAGUAUACACAAAUAUGUACACACAAAGUAUUUUAUAUUAUGUGUAGAGGGAAAAGCUUGAUUAUCUUCUGUCAUCAGGUUAAUUCUCUUAUCUUCCAAGGAAAUAAUAAACACUUGUGUGAGGAGGGGGAAGGAAGAGAGCAUUGCCAUAAACAUAGGCACAUGCGCACAAGCACACAUUUGAGGUGCCCAGCCAAGGCAGAGCUAGAGAGCCACGCUUGACAUUUUACAACCUCCCAGCAGAGUCCUGUGCACUGGGCUAGACUGGGCUGGGCUAUACUAUCUGUUAAUAUAGGUUUAUAUAGGUUAUAUAGGUUUAUACUAUCUGUUAGUAUAGGUUAUAGGUUUAGCCUCUGUCUUCAGGAAAACAAGGUUUUAGUGAAGAAAGUGCAAAGUUCUCCAGAGGGAAUGGGAUAGCCAGGCUCCCUCCCUUGAUGUGCCUUGGAAAAAUACUCCCCCCCCAAAAAAGUAGGGCAACUCCUGCCUCCUUCCUAAACCGCUGGUAAUCCUGCAUGAGGAAAGGCUGUAAAAACCAGGAUCACAAAGAGUCAUAGUAACAGUACAACUUUUCCUUCAUUAAAUGGUAGUGUCUCUACAUUGAUUUCAAGAGCCAGCAGUGAUGGGAACCAUAGCAAUACAGGCUCUGUGUUCAGGUCUGGGAGGUCUCGUUGUCCCUCUGUCCCAGCCUCCUGGCAAGAAAGCUUCUUCUGGACAUUCAUUAUGGGUCCACUUAGCCCUGCCUGGUAGCACUGAUCUGCUUCAGCCAGCACAGUGGGGGUCAGACACCUCCUCUGCAGAAACAAGUGAAAGUGCUCUUGAAAAGUGUUCAUGUUUUGGACAAGAUACUUGUUCUAGGUUUGAAUUAACGUGCAGUAAUGGAUAGGGGCCACAGGCUAUUUGAAUUUUCUUUCAGUGGAAUAUGAAGAAAUGAGGUCUCUUUUUUUUCCCCCAAAUAAUUGUUUAUUUCAUUUUAAAAUUGAUACAGCUGAAGAUUCAUAAGACGGUUUCAUUUCAAAACCUACAAAGCACGCUCAGAGCUGCAGUUUUUCCGAUGCAGCAAUGUCACAGGAGCCAGGGUGUGGGGGGGCUUGUGAAGCUGUUUUCCAUCGUGGAUCUUUUCCAGCUGGCACAGGACAAGACUCUGUGUCUGCACCUUACUUGUACCAGCUGCUUGGCUGUGGCCUUCCUUUCCCCUCUUACAGCUUGAGUUCAAGUUUCUAAAGCUUAAAAUAAAAAAAAAGCACAUUCUUUUCGUAUGCCUUCUCCAGGGAAUAAGGGCAUGCCUCUAUCUUUCUUUUGCAAGUCAAAUUUGAGCCACUUUCUAAGUCUCAAGUGAGAGUGUGUGCUAAAGAUGGAAACAGGAGGCCUACAGGUUUUCAUUCUGUGACCUGGGAAACAAAUGGGUGAAAGGAUUUGGUUUUAUUUCUUUUUUAAAUGAUUGGCCUUGGGCAUCUUUCCGAAAUAUGUUUCCAUGACACAGGAGGGCUGGAGGAGGUAAUAAGGGUUACCAGGUAUAGGAUUUUCUCUUUAAAGCAAGAAAUCAAAUGUAAAGAUUUGUGGGAAAAGUUAUUAUUUAUUUUAAACUACUGUAUUUAUUCUUGAACAACACUUUUUUUCUUCCUAUGGGUUUAUACAAAAAUUAUAAGGGUUAAAAUGUUUUCUUUAAACUUGAAUGUAAGUGAAAUUAAUUUAUGGAGCAAAACAUUGGUAGGAAUUAUCUGUAAUUAAAAGUUGUGAUUUGACAUGAUUUUUGAGAUGUGAGCAUGUUCCAACUAAUUAACGUAUUACAAGAUUGGAAAAACUCAGUGAUGAGAAUUCAUUACUGCUCUGCCAAGAAAGGGACAUGAUUUGUUUCAAGAAUCAGUU